AUGGACACAGGCUUCCGACGUGAUGUUCAAGAAGGCCUCCAAACACUCUGUGUUAUGCAGUGGAUUCCAGUCUAUAUAAUUUUAGGAGCAAUUCCCAUUAUUCUCAUACCCUACUUCCUGGUGCUCACUGAGUUCUGGGCCUUGGCGGUGCUUGCCUUAGCCUGGCUUGCCUAUGAUUGGAACACCCCCAGUCGAGGUGGCAGACGUGCUGCUUGGGUACGGAACUGGACCCUCUGGAAGUAUUUCUGUAAUUACUUCCCAAUAAAGCUGGUGAAGACUCAUGAUCUUUCUCCCAAACACAACUACAUCAUUGCCAGCCACCCCCAUGGUGUUUUAUCUUUUGGUGCCUUCAUCAACUUUGCCACUGAGGCCACUGGCUUUGCCCGGAUUUUCCCAUCUGUCACUCCCUUUUUAGCAACCUUGGAAGGCAUUUUCUGGAUCCCACUUGUGCGAGACUACGUGAUGUCGAUGGGCAUGUGCCCAGUAAGUAAGUUGGCUUUGGAGUAUGCUCUGACACCAAAAUACUCAGGCAAUGCUGUGAUUGUUGUGGUGGGUGGAGCUGCUGAAGCCCUCUUGUGCCACCCAGGAGCCUCCAUCGUCGUGCUCAAGCAACGUAAAGGUUUUGUGAAGCUGGCACUGGAGACAGGGGCAUACCUUGUUCCUUCGUACUCCUUUGGUGAAAAUGAGGUUUACAAUCAGGAGACCUUCCCUGAAGGCACAUGGAUAAGGUUCUUCCAAAAAAACUUUCAGAAAACGUUUAAAAAAAUCCUGGGAUUAAAUUUCUGUACCUUCCAUGGCCGAGGCCUCACUCGAGGAUCCUGGGGUUUCCUGCCUUUCAAUCGACCCAUUACCACAGUUGUUGGGGAACCUCUGCCAAUCCCCAAGAUUAAGUGGCCCAACAAGCAGACAGUGGACAAAUACCAUGCACUCUACAUCAGUGCCCUGCGCAAGCUGUUUGAUCAACACAAAGUUGAAUAUGGCCUCUCUGAGAACCAGGACUUGACAAUCAUAUGAUGGGACCAGUUUCCUUAUAACUGAACUCCAAACCAUGAGGAAUCCAAGUAAAGCCACAGGGAAGGGAGAAUUUGGGGAGAGGGGUGGAUCUCAAGGAUGAGGGGAUUUCAACCAAGGCAAAAAGUACUUAAUGAGUCAGGGUUCUAGCAAUGGCAUUCCCUUCCAAGUGGCCACGGCAGCUCUGAGGAAGGAACCAGAUGUGCAGUGGGAACUAAGGAGGAGUGGGAGGAGGCAGCUAUAAUCAGCCCUGAUUGUUUUAGGGCAAUAACCUAGUCUAGGAGUCUUGUGAAUCACUCUAGCUAAUUGUCUAAUUGAAGUAAUGAGAAGUCAACAAACACCUCACUCCUUCUUCGAAACCUUAGGAACAUCAUUACUAUUUAGGAUUAUGCUUAGAAGUUUAGUUGAUAAUAGGGACAGUUUGUUGCCUGCCAAUACAAUUUGGAGAUUGUCAUAGGUAAACUCAGGGCCUGAACUGUGACCUCCUGAUCCAAAGAGGCAAGAUUCCUUCAGUCAUGACAGAGUUCUAGAUUGGCAAUGCAGUCACACUGUUUCUUGAAUAAAAAUAAAACUCUAAGUAUGUAAAACAUUAUAGGCCUAUUUUCCGAUUAUUCUGUGAUUCACCACUGGGCAUCCCUCAAGCCUAAGAGUUGUGCUUCUGGCUACAACCAUUUUUUUCU